AUGGAAGUGGACAACCAAUGCUCUGAUGCAGCGGAGCCUCGAAUGCUUAUCUUAUGCUUCGACGGUACUGCAGGACAGUUUGAUUCGAAUGUGAACCAUUUCUCCUGGGAUCGCGAAUUCCAGAAUACGAAUGUGGUCAAGCUAUUUGGUCUUCUUCGCAAGGAUGCGAUGGACAAACAGCGGUGCUACUAUCAGGAGUCCAAUUUCCACUUUUCCACUUCGCAGCCGGGGAUAGGAACUUACUUUGAGCCUGGGGUCGUUUCCCCGCUGAUUUCCUGGUGGGCAAAAAUCAUGGACGAAGCCAUUGCGUGGUAUCUCGACGGGCAUGUCAUGGAUGGAUACAAGUUCUUGAUGGCUAAUUAUCGCACGGGGGACAAGAUAUGUUUGUUCGGGUUUUCUCGCGGUGCCUAUACGGCCCGAGCACUCGGCGGGAUGUUAGCCAAAGUUGGAUUACUCCCACGUGAUAACCUGCAACCCGUUAAGUUUGUGUACAAUUACUACAAACGAGAAGAUAAGAAGGGCAUUGCAUUGGCCAAGAAAUUCAAGGAGGAGUUUUGCCAGGAAGUCGAUGUCGAAUUCGUUGGCGUGUGGUAUGAGCCGUUGUACAUCGGAUCUGCGCUCGGACACGGUACAGAGCACUGGAAUCCUUAUGAGCCGAAGCCUGCCAUUCACGGAUUCAAACACGUUUCGCCACUACCUUCAGACACGCUCUCUCACUUGACGAGUCUAAAGCAUCGUGCCAAGUUCAGACCCAAUCUCUAUCAGCCAUCCUUGAAGAAUCAGAGGCCCAGUUUAGCUCAAAAGGCUACAUUGGGAGUCACUCGAGUGUUCAACCUCCUGCGCGGCAAACAUCGUACUUCCUCCGAAGGCAAUAACCCAGCGGAAAAUGAGAUACCUGAACCAGGCCCAGAGCAACCUGCGCCAUCAGAAACGGACGUCCUAGAGGUUUGGUUCGCAGGGUGUCAUUGCGAUAUCGGGGGUGGGAAUGUAGAGGAUGAGAUUACGUUACGAUGGAUGGUCGAACAAGUCAUUGCUUCCGAAUGUGGCGUCCUGUUUGAAGAUGAGGGUCUCAAAGAACUCGGUAUCACACCUCGCCUUGUGCCCGGGAAAGUAGAAAAGAAUGGGGCGGGACCUGUUGCCUCUGCUUACGUGACGUCCACCUCUGACAAUUCUCUGGGACCGUCUCUCCCGGCGGGUGAGGCCGAUCCAGAGUUCAAGGAUACCAUCGCACCCUCGUUUCACCAACUUCGGAUCACCAAGGCCUGGUGGCUGCUCGAAAUCAUUCCCUGGCUUUGGCAAGACCACGGCGGCAAAUGGCACGAAAGACGGAGGUGGGUUCCCUGGUACAAACCACGCGCCACACACAAUCACGACGAAACCUACGUUUGA